AUGGCGAUCUCCGAGAGCUCGCGGAAUGCGCUGCUCCCUAGCUUCCUUUACGCGGCCCCGGCCGCUGCCUCUCCCUUUGCUGCCGCCGCCGCCGCUAGCGUGGGCGGGCGCACGGUCGCCGCGCCGUCUGCUGCGGCGGCAGCGCGGCCCGCUAUUUGGGCGCGGGCGCCGAGCGAGCCCGGCCGGAGGAUUGAGAUGUACUCGCCGGCGUUCUACGCGGCGUGCACGGCCGGCGGCGUCGCCAGCUGCGGGCUCACGCACAUGACCGUCACGCCCCUCGACCUCGUCAAGUGCAACAUGCAGAUAGAUCCAGCCAAGUACAAGAGCAUCUCAUCCGGUUUCAGUGUUUUGUUGAAAGAGCAAGGGGCCAAGGGUUUUUUCAGGGGCUGGGUACCUACCCUACUUGGAUACAGUGCCCAGGGAGCAUGCAAGUUCGGUUUCUACGAGUUCUUCAAGAAGUAUUACUCGGAUAUUGCUGGCCCUGAGUAUGCCACCAAGUACAAGACUUUGAUUUACCUUGCGGGUUCUGCUUCGGCUGAAGUGAUUGCAGAUAUUGCCCUCUGCCCCAUGGAAGCUAUUAAGGUCCGUGUGCAGACGCAGCUUGGCUUUGCAAGAGGUUUAUCAGAUGGCCUUCCGAAGUUUGUGAAAGCUGAAGGCUAUUCUGGACUGUAUAAAGGAAUUGUUCCACUCUGGGGCCGACAAAUUCCUUACACUAUGAUGAAAUUUGCCUCUUUCGAGACUGUUGUUGAGAUGAUCUACAAGUAUGCCAUCCCUGCACCCAAAAACGAAUGCAGCAAGAAUCUCCAGCUUGUAGUGAGCUUUGCUGGUGGCUACAUUGCUGGGGUGUUCUGUGCAAUUGUUUCUCACCCAGCUGAUAACCUUGUUUCCUUCCUCAACAAUGCCAAGGGGGCAACGGUCGGCGAUGCUGUGAAGAAGAUUGGUCUAGUGGGGCUAUUUACGCGUGGGCUCCCGUUGCGUAUCGUGAUGAUUGGUACCCUCACCGGUGCCCAGUGGGGUAUCUAUGAUGCUUUUAAAGUCAUGGUUGGACUGCCGACUACUGGAGGUGCUGCUCCAACACCUGCUGCCACUGAGGCCUGA